UCCCCUCAUUGAAGCGCGAUCAUCGUUUUCUUGACAUCGCCAGUUAACCCGUUACCAGAGUAAAUUCAGUAAAUAGUUCAACGGAAAUUGUUACUAUGGCAUCAAAAUUAAUCCUUGAAAUUACCUCCGAGUAAAGCUAGCAGGUCUACGCCUCUUUUUUACUGUGUACAUGUAACAUUUCUAGGAUUUCCUUCACACAGUUUAAGCCGCAGUAGGUCAUGUAAACUAAGUACGUAGCUUGCUAGUUACAGUGAGUUAGAAAGCAAGGUGCUACAUACUUCAGACGACUGCUAUCCAUCGCUACCGCUACAAGACUAUUGUCUGUCCACCCGGCUUACUGAUCCUUUCAAUGGCUGCUGCAAAAAAACGUACGCUAUCGGGCAUCGAAGAUGUGAGAGACAGAAAAGCAAAGGUUAUUAAAGACAGCGGUGAGAAGAGACACAUCGCAGCCCUGAUCCUGGCGAGGGAGGCAGUAAGGGGUCCCCUGAAGAAUAUCAAAAUGCUCGCCGGUGUCCCCCUCAUCGGAUGGGUUCUGAGAGCUGCAGUGGACUCCAAACAGUUUGACAGUGUGUGGGUAUCAACUGACCAUGAUGACAUUGAGAAGGUAGCCAAGGCAUGGGGAGCUCAGGUUCACCGCAGGAGCCCAGAGGUGUCCAAAGACUCCUCCAGCUCUCUUGACACCAUCCAGGAAUUCGCCCGAUUAAACCCAGAGGUGGAGGUGAUCUGUCACAUCCAGGCCACGUCUCCCUGCCUGCACCCCUUCCACCUGAAGGAGGCCCUGGAGAUGAUCACCAAGCAGGGCUUCACGUCCGUCUUCUCCGUGGUCCGACGACACCACUUCCGCUGGCAGGAGGUGAAGAAAGGAGGUAGUGUAGCCACCCAGCCUCUGAACUUAGACCCGUGUAACAGGCCCCGGAGACAGGACUGGGAUGGAGAGCUGUGUGAGAACGGAUCUUUCUACAUUUAUACCAGAGCGACGAUAGAGAGAGGCCUGCAGGGGGGGAAGUGGGCUUACUAUGAGAUGCUGCCAGAGUACAGUGUGGAUAUUGAUGUGGAUAUCGACUGGCCCGUGGCAGAACAGAGAGUACUGAGGUUUGGUUACUUUGGCCUGGACAAGCCUGAGGUGGUGCGUCUGCUGCUGUGUAACGUCUCCGGCUGUCUGACUGACGGCCGCGUCCUCAUCUCUGUCUCUGGAGAGGAGAUGGUCUCAGUCAACACCAGAGAUACUAUGGGUAUCCGCAUGCUGCAGAGAGAGGGAGUGGAGGUGAUCCUGAUCUCAUCCAGUGAGGACCCUGUGACCAAGGCCCUGGCUGACAAUCUAUCCCAGAGGACAGGCUGCGAGGUCAGGCAGCUGGGCAAGGACAUCCAGGGUGAGAUCAUAGCCAUGAUGGACGACAGGGAUCUGGACUGGAAGGAGGUCGCCUAUAUGGGUAAUGAUGCACCAGAUGUUGACUGUCUGAACCUGGCUGGGCUGAGUGCAGUACCCCGGGACGCCCCAGUGGUGGCGAUCAACGCUGCUAAAUACUCCUGCCACAGUGCUGCAGGCCUGGGGGCUGUGAGGGAGUUUUCUGAACACAUCCUGCUGCUCAAGAAGAAGGCCAAGUCUCAGAUGGAACAGGACCGCAUCCACAGAAAUACAUUCUAAACUCUAGAAUGUGUUCUAAAGUCACAGAUUUCCAUUUUAAACUCUAGAAUGUGUUCUAAAGUCACAGAGAUCUGUUCUGAACUGUAGAAUGUGUUCUAAAGUCACAGAGAUCUGUCCUGAACUGUAGAAUGUGUUCUAAAGUCACAGAGAUCUGUUCUGAACUGUAGAAUGUGUUCUAAAGUCACAGAGAUCUGUUCUGAACUGUAGAAUGUGUUCUAAAGUCACAGAGAUCUGUUCUGAACUGUAGAAUGUGUUCUAAAGUAGGCAUGGGCAAACUUUUUUGCUUGAGGGCCAAACAGAUUUUUUGGGGAUUGAUUUGUUUGUCCAAAUCAAUUUCUGGGCCAGAAAAAGUGCAGAUAUUUUUAAAUAUAUAGAUCCAUUAUAAUUUCUACAUCCUUUCUAUCUAGUUUUAGACAUUCAUGACCUGGAGUGUUUUUUUUAACCAAGAAUAAUCAUUUCCUGCCAAAAAACACUCAUUCUAAACUUCACAUGUAAACUGGAAGAGUUGCAUUCUCAAUUGCACACUCCUCGCACCCACUCUCCCCGUCUCCUUCUCUUCCCUCUGACCUUCUCCUUCAAUGGUUUUUGAGAAGGAGACAAGGACUCGAGGAAUAUGCAAUUGAGAACAUCCCCUUGUCAUUCAUUGUCAUGUAAAAAAAGGACUUGACAAGAGAGCAGUAAGGAUAUUGUGUUCUAAACUGCAUUCUAUCAAUCAGACAAACCCUCUGAACUCGUGCCUGGGCCAAACAUUAGGCAAAGUGACAAUAAAUGUUAUUGACAUCUCUCUACUUUCUCUGGACUUCUAGAAAGAAGUAUAUUUACUCACUUUCAUGCACUUGGCUCAGGCUGAAAUGUUUUUUAAAGGUUGUCAGGUCAGUGUAGUUUGUGUUUUUAUAUUACUACAGGUUGUGUUGACAAAUACAGUCAGUACUUUUUAAUUGUCUUAGUUUUAAUGAAAUGAAGUAUAUACACUGAGUGUACAAAACAUUAUGAACACCUGCUCUCUCUUUGACAUAGACUGACCAGGUGAAUGCUAUGAUCCCUUAUUGAUGUCACUUGUUAAAUCCAUCAGUGUAGAUGAAAGGAAGAAAUAGGUUCAAAAGUUUUUAAGCCUUGAGACAUGGAUUGUGUGUGUGUGCCUUCCAGAGGGUGAAUGGGUAAGAUAAAAUAUUUACGUGCCCUUGAACAGGCUCUGGUAGUAGCUGCCAAGAGGACCGGUUUGUAUUGAGAACUGCAAUGCUGCUGGGUUUUUCACGCUCAACCAUGUCCUGUGUGUAUCAAGAAUGGUCCAUGAACACAACUGUAGGAAGCAUUAGAGUCAAAAUGGGCCGACACCCCUGUGGAACGCCUUUGACUCCUUGUAGAGUCCAUGUCCUGACAAAUUGAGGGUAAGGGGUUUUAUACACUCAGUAUAUAUGAGGUCUUUAAUCAGAUUGUUUUUUAAUGUAUGUUCUUUAUGUCUUAGAAUGAAGUAGGACAUUGGUUUGAGUUGCUUUGACAUUCUUGUUGGUUUUAUUGUUUACUAUUGUACUGUAUUUUCCUGCAGUUUGUUUGUUAAAUGUUAUAUGAUGUUCUCAUAAAUUAAAAGAACUUGAUUAAUA